GGUCACUCUGCUCUGCGCGUUUCCACAAGUUUCUUUAUUUAUUUGAUAAUUAUUCGUUACGCGGCAAUUAACGCGAUGCAGUUGCAGCAAGUAAGUGGUAAUGGACCAGUUUGCCACUGAGGUGCGCGCGUCCGCCGAGCAGAAAGUGUGCAAAUUCCGACAAGUGCGCGAAAUUCGUCCAAAAACAGAAUAGUUAGUUCCAAGAAUAGCUGCGAUCGAGUGGGAUCAGAUCGGAUCGGAUCGAACUAGCUAUGGAUGUGGUGUGUGUAAUCGAUACGGCGGUGGGCGACCAUCUGGAGGAUCGCCUCUGUGCGCUCGAGGAGAUCAAGCAGGCUGUGCAGUCAGCAGGCGCCAAUUUUCAGAGGGUUCAGUUCGAGCGCCUGGAUUUCGGGGAGACGAAUGUGCUGGAAAUGUUCUACAACGCCGAUGUGGCCGUCAUCGAUCUAAGCAUCCUCACGCAGCAGCGCCCGCUGUCCUAUCACUACGGCGUCCGGGAGAGCUUCGGCAUGAAGGAGAACAUCCUCAUCUACAACGAUGUGGAGUCCAAGCAGACACUCAGUCUCAAGCUCUCGUGUGCCAACUACCUGUUCCUCAGUUACAAACUGAAUGCGGAGAGUAAUUCCUGCCACCUGACUAGCCAGCCCAACAGCAACAAAGAACCCGAGGCACGGGUGCCCACUUUGCAGUGGCGCCUCAAGAAAAAGCUACAGGAUGUGGAGAUACAGUCGAAAGCCCACAUGCGUGAGAAAUUUCUCAGCGACAUGCGAACGGCGCGGGAUACGUACGCCACGAAUGGCGUCAAGCUGCAGAGCAUCUUGCACGAGAUGCGAAAGCGGCUGGACGAUCCACAUGUCCUCUCCGGCGAGGUGGUGCACAGCUUCAUGUGCUCGUUGAGGGAUGUGCAGGACUACGAUGCCAUGGUGAGGCUGGUGAACGACCUGAAGAACAUACCCAACACUCGGAAAUACGUAGAGACGGGCAACAUGAGUUUCCUGUACGCCUUCGCCCUAAACCGCAGGAAUCGCAAGGGAGACCGCGAGAAGGCACUGGAAUCGUCGCUUAAGGCGCUAGAGAAGAAAGAGAACCACUUUCCAGACAUGCUUUGCCUGUGCGGUCGCAUCUACAAGGACAUCUUCGUAGAGUCCGACUACACGGACGCCACUAGUUUGGCGCACGCCAUUAAGUGGUACCGCCAAAGUUUUGAGGUCCAGCCGAAUGAGUACGCGGGCAUCAAUCUGGCCACCCUGCUGGUCAUCGAGGGCAAGGAAUUCACCAAUACGGAGGAGCUGCAGCACAUUGGAAUGACCCUGAACAACUUGAUCGGCAAAAAGGGCAGCUUGUCCUCUCUGAGCGAAUAUUGGGAUGUGGCCACCUUCUUCGAGAUCUCCGUUUUGGCCAAGGAUUACGCCAAGGCGAUUCAGGCAGCAGAGUGCAUGUUCAAACUAAAACCACCCAACUGGUAUCUCAAGUCCACCAUCGGCAAUAUCUCUCUUAUCCACCGGUUUCGCAAGAAGCCCGAGGAGCGUCUGCCUCCCAUUGAGGAGCAGGUGUUCCAGUUCUGGAUGGACUUCUUUUUGGAGGCCACCAACACGGAGGAAGUAAAGAACAGCAUACGGUUUCCCAUACUGAUUCUUGAGCCGCAGAAGAUCUACAUGCCCAGUUAUGUGACCAUUAAUAUGGAUGCGGAUGAAAAGUCCAUUCAGAUCGUGAACAAUUGUCUGGCGCACGCAAAGAAUGCUUGCAAGAAACUCCAUGACUUUCUUUUCGUGGCCUCAAAGAUCAAGUCCGUCAGCCUGUACAAGCGGGAUGAUCGCUGUGCCUAUCUGUACGUCCAUCAUAAUUCGGAUGACUUUCAGAUAUACUUCCCCUCCACCGAGCGCCGGCAAAAGUUCUACGAUAUGAUCCUGGAGAUGACCGCUGACCAGGUGGUUUUUGUCAAUCUCAGCAAUGAUGACGCGCAAAUCGAGUACGAGUACGACUACGAUGAGCAGAACCGCAAGAUGGUGCUGGGCAAAGGCACGUACGGAACCGUUUACGCCGCUCGCGACAAGCAGACGCAAGUGCGUAUUGCCAUCAAAGAGGUGCCGGAAAAGAACUCACAGGACGUACAGCCACUGCACGAGGAGAUCAAGCUGCACUCGCAGUUGCGCCACCGCAACAUCGUACGCUACUUGGGAUCACGCUCGGAGGACGGCUUCUUCAAGAUCUUCAUGGAGCAGGUGCCAGGAGGCUCGCUCUCCGACCUUUUAGAGACCAAAUGGGGUCCGCUCAAGGACAACGAGUCCACAAUGGCCUUCUACUCCAAGCAGAUCCUCGAGGGGCUCAAAUACCUCCACGAGCAGGAUAUUGUGCAUCGUGAUAUCAAGGGCGAUAACGUUCUGGUUAACACGUACAGCGGCGUGGUUAAGAUUUCCGAUUUCGGCACCUCCAAGCGGCUGGCCCGCAUCAAUCCGAUGACGGAGACCUUCACGGGCACUUUGCAGUACAUGGCGCCAGAGGUUAUUGACCAGGGCGUUCGCGGUUACGGCCCAGCGGCAGACAUCUGGUCUUUUGGCUGCACAAACGUGGAGAUGGCCACAGGCAAGCCGCCGUUUAUUGAGCUGGGCUGUGCCCAGGCGGCCAUGUUCAAGGUGGGGUACUACAAGAAGCACCCAAACAUACCCGAGGAACUGUCCGCAAACGCCAAGAACUUCAUUCUGCGUUGCUUCGCCAUCAGCGUACUCGACCGACCAUCCGCUUCGCAACUGCUAGAGGAUCCCUUUUUGGCAGAUAAACCUCGCAAGACGCGUCCGGCUUUGCCCAUCAAUACGGAGUUUGGACGUAGCAUCUCGGUGCCGGCUGAUCGUUUUGUGCACAAAACCACACCGCCGCUGAGCUACAACACAACCUGCAAUACGCCCACCACGCCAGAAUUGGACAUUACUCACACAUCCUCGGUGGACAUUGACGAGUUGCCCAGCAACCAGUUUCUGCUGGAACGACGCAAUUCUUCUGGAUUUUUGCUUUCGCCGGAAAUCGAACCCUCCACGCCGUCCUUGCGAACGAGCAUUAGUGAGACGAGUGAAACUGACGGAUUCUACCGAUUAAAGAAGGAUUCACAAAGGCGGACGACGCUUUCUAAGGUUUUGGCACUGGAUGAAUCCAAGAUCUGCGAUAUUUGGCUGAAGAAGGUAGAUGCCGAUCAACACUCGAUUGCGAUUAGGAAGAGCGACUUGGAGGUGUUGAUCCGGGGACUGCGGGAUUAUAUCAUGAAUGAGAACGAAAAGCAUUUGGAGGCGACUAUAAACGAACUGAAGCAAAAGCUAAAUAACGACGCAGUGGCUCUUGACCAUCUGCAUCUGGCCCUGUACUCUUUUCAAGACGCUGUUGUCUGUGUGCUGCGGUAUCACUGCAUUAAACCUCAUUGGAUGUUCGCUUUGGAUAAUCUCGUUAAGCGGGCCGUCCAGGCGGCGGUUACAAUUUUUUCUCCUGAACUGGGUGCCAAUCUGGCGGACAAGGAUCUGUCCGGAAAUGAUGAUGAAAGCGUGCACACAAGCCUCAUGCAGCAGGGUUCUACCGACAGUCAAGAGAAGCAUCAGCAGAGCCUGGAAAAGGUACAGCCUUCGAGCAGUACGGGAGGAGGAGUCGGACUUGCGCCAGCAGACCCGGGUGGCGAUGCCCUGGCCAGUUCGGUAGAGUGCGCCCGCAUCCUGCGAGACAUUCGUGACAACCAGCAGAAGCUGCAACGUCAACUGCUCGAGCAGCAGCGCCAGAGCAUGAAGGCCCUACAUAACAUUAGUCAGGAGCUAGCCCACAUUUACAUGGGCGGCAGGAAGAGAUUAAGACGCACCAUUAACGGAUUUAACAAAAAGUGCCAUAGAAUGAGUCCCAAUGCGGGCGGAAUGUCCGGAGUCCGUCCCACCCUAGUGGGCAAUCCCCGGAGGCAGCUAAACAAGCAACACUUUGGUCUUCACGAAAUAGACGAGCAGUUGGAGCAGUGGCUGACCCAGCAAGAAAUUGACGAGUUCUCAAAGACGCUCAUUCUGAAUGAAGGUUUCACGUUUGAGGAUUUCAUCUACAACAUGGAGAAGCUGGACCUCAUGAGGCUGGGUCUCCGCGUUGGCAUCGAGGUGCGUCUGUGGAAACUCAUUAUACAGGAACGGGCCUGCACUUCCUCCGAAUGCGUGGACAGUCCGCCCAGCACUUACCACAAACCUAUUGGAGGCAAUUGCUCUUUGGCCCUUAUUGACAACAACAAUACGCUACCAUCACCCACAACAACAACACCCGGAACGCCAGGCAUCAAAACGAAAAUAAAAAAAAGCGAAAGCGAAUACGAUUCCUGCAGCGAGUGACUGAAGCUGGAACCUCUAUAGUUGUGCCUUAACAGAUACUACUGAUACAGAUUAAUUGUUAAUGUUGUCCAUAUGCUACUAACCGCUAAGAAGCUCAGCUCAAUGAGUUUUCAGCAACCCUGGGUAAAAUUCGACCAGAUUCACUCAUGGUUCUCCGAACUUUGAGUUCGAAAAUACAUGGGUUUGUUUGUCGAGCUUUUGCCAUUGCAUGUUAAUUUAUCAAACAAAAAAUGGAAUUUAAGUGCCUUUAAUUUAAAACAAAACAAAAACUGAAACAGAAAUUACAUUGUGAAGUGCUUUGCAAAA